UAUAAGGUCAUUGGAAUUACCAGGGUUACAAUCCAGCGUUACAAUGAAGCAAUAGCAGACAAGAAUGAAAAAAUGAAUUAAACGGGAGCAAAGUCCAACCAAAGAAGCCGUACUUAGGCAAACACCGGCGUGUGUGAAUCAGCGCAGGUUAACGCGGUGGAGGUUUCACUUAAGCCGAUCUAGGUGGGAUCGAACGGAACAGCUUCCCUUUCUGCUUUAAUACACACGCUAUCGUGAUCACGGAGACCAAAAUCGAGGAUGUUUAGGUUGGCGUGCUCCACGGCCUUGCUCUUCAUUCUCAGGCUGCUCAUAGGCUUGUCCUGGUUCCAGGUUGUACCAGCCAUCCUCAUUUUCUAUCUGGGUUCUGGAGGAUGGAAGACGCUCGAUGUGUUUGCAAAGACCAUUUACCGUGACUUACAUGGAGCCAGUGUUUUGCUGAGGGUAAAACUGAAUGUCAAAAAGCAUCUACGUGAGCGUAACACCGUCCCCAAACUUUUCGCCAAGUCUGUCCUGAAAUACGGUGACAAGACUGCUCUAGUUUUCGAAGGGACAGGUGAGAAAUGGAGCUUCAGACAGUUGGAUGAGUACUCCAACCGUGUGGCUAACCUGCUUCAUCAGAGGGGCUUUAAGGAAGGCGACGUGGUCGCUCUGUUCAUGGAGAACCGCUCGCAGUAUGUGGGCCUCUGGCUGGGCAUGGCAAAGAUCGGAGUGGAGGCGGCACUCAUCAACUUCAACUUGAGACUGGAGGCACUGAUUCACUGUGUCAACAUAUCCAGCGCAAAAGCUGUGGUGUUCGGCAGUGAACUUACAGAUGCGAUGUGCGAGGUGCACAGCUCUAUGGGAAAGACUGUUAAGCUGUUCUGCUCUGGAGAAUGGGACCCCAAACGGGUUCCUGAAGGAACAGAGAGUCUGGAACCACUCCUGGAGGCGGCCCCCACAUACAGGCCCAAAGAACCAGAUCGUAGCUUUACAGAUCGACUUUUUUACAUUUACACAUCAGGAACCACUGGAAUGCCAAAAGCUGCUAUCGUAGUGCACAGCCGGUAUUACCGCAUGGCUGCCCUGGUGUACUAUGGCUUCAGAAUGAAGUCUGAGGAUGUGCUUUAUGACUGCUUACCACUGUACCAUUCAGCAGGUAAUAUAGUUGGGGUCGGCCAGUGCCUGGUCCAUGGAAUGACAGUUGUCAUCAGGAAGAAGUUCAGUGCUUCUAAGUUCUGGGAUGACUGUAUCAAAUACAACUGCACUAUCGUGCAGUACAUUGGUGAGAUCUGUCGCUAUCUGCUCAACCAGCCAAAGAAGGACACUGAGCGACAGCACAAAGUGCGCAUGGCCCUCGGUAACGGCCUCCGCCAGUCCAUCUGGGAAGAGUUCACAAGCCGCUUCAACAUACCACAGAUCGCAGAGUUCUAUGGAGCAACCGAGUGUAACUGUAGCCUGGGCAACUUCGACAACAAGACGGGGGCUUGUGGCUUCAACAGUCGGAUUUUACCCUACUUCUACCCCAUCCGCUUGGUGAAAGUGGAUGAGGAGACCAUGGAGCUGAUCAGAGGACCUGAUGGAGUUUGUAUCCCAUGUGGCCCAGGUGAACCAGGUCAGUUGGUGGGCAGAAUCAUUCAGAACGACCCUCUUAGACGGUUUGACGGCUACGUCAACCAAUCAGCCACUAAUAAGAAGGUUGCCAAUGAUAUUUUCAAAAAGGGAGAUAGUGCCUACCUCUCAGGGGAUGUGUUGGUGAUGGACGACUACGGCUACAUGUAUUUCAGAGACCGUACAGGAGACACAUUCCGCUGGAAAGGGGAGAACGUCUCCACCACUGAGGUGGAGGGGACACUGAGCCGUCAGCUGGAUAUGAAGGACGUGGUGGUGUACGGAGUGGAGGUGCCAGGUGCUGAAGGUAAGGCAGGGAUGGCGGCCAUUGCAGAUCCAGAUCACAGCACAGACCUGGAGAAGUUCAGCAAGGAUCUGGAGAAAGCUCUUCCGCCCUAUGCUCGACCCGUGUUCCUACGCUUCCUACCAGAAGUGAACAAAACAGGGACUUUCAAAUUCCAGAAGACCGACAUGCGACGGGACGGAUUUGACCCCAACAUCGUUUCUGAUAAACUCUACUUCCUGGACUGCACUAAGGGAAGGUAUAUAGAGCUGAAUGCAGAGAUCCACCGCAACAUCGUCUCAGGAAAGCAGAAAUUAUGAGACAAUUGCUGCCCUCCACCCAUUCCCUCACUCUCCCUGAAACUCCACUUUCAGCAGGCCUCAAACCCCGCCCCCAUCCAAACCCGCCCCUCGUUACCUCAGCAAACACAGUGAGGGGCUGCAGGAAUACACCAUGGUCAUGUUCAAGUCCCCAUUGGUUAAUUUGGACACCCAAGCAACCCUGUUGUCGACAGCCAACACCAUCUACAACGAGACGGGACUGGGCUGGGCGGGGGAUACGGCCAUAUUGAAAUUUAAAAAAAGCAAAAAUAUAAAAAGAAUAAAAGCAAUUUAGUAAACAAGAAUGCAAAAAAAUUUAAAAUGAAAAGGCAAAAGGAUCAAAUACACAUGUCUGUCAAACAGUAAAGCAUUCCCUUAGCCUGAGCUGCACAAUGCUUGCCUAGCUAUAAGAGUCGGGAUUUGUGAUUGGCCCUCGCUUGUUUUGAUGGGUUUGAUGAGUAGCUGCCAUUGUGAAUGCACCCUAUUAAGCCAUGACCAAAAACCAUGUGAAUAGACAUGCAAUACAAACCCAGCACUGGCUCUGCAUUUGUCUAGCUCCAUGACUUGAUCAAUGCUAUUUAUUUAAAUGUAAAACAUGCACCAAAUACAGUAUAUAUAAGUUGUAGAGUAGUUUCUCAUCUAUUUAUGUCAUGAUUCUGUGUACUACAUUGAAAACUUCUUGUAUGAUUGCACUGCUACGGUGUCCAUCUAUUUAAACUUUAGGCCCAACCAUACUCUACAGAAGUACAUUAACUCAUACCCUUCUGGCUAUGUAAGUGCUUGUUUUUUUUUUUUUUUUUUUUUUUUGGUUUUUUCAUACUUGUGUUAAAUAUGUUUUGGUCCAUAGUGUGAGCUGACAGCAUGAAAUCUUUCAUUUUCAUCAGUGUUUAUGCUGAUCGGCAGCGUGUGGCGGGGUGUAGGCCUGGUGCAACAUUGUGCAGACUGGGCGGCAUGGGUUUGCUAGAAGUGUCGACCGUUAUGUUUUCGACAAGGACAUCAUGGAUUCUCUGCAGUACACUAUAGUGGACUAUGCAUGGAGGUUUAUGGAAGUUGUGUAAUACUCUGGUGCUAAAGAACACGUCUCUUUUCAAUCUGCGUAGUGGGGGGCGACUUUCCUGGAUAAACUGUGAACUGGCCUUGCUCCUUGAUGGGAAGAGAUCGGAAGCAGGAGAAUGAAGGGAAAUUGAUGUUUGUCAUCUGUACCUUCCGAGUUAAAGUUUUUCUUUCAGCAGGAUGAAUGAUUGCAAACAGAGCAAUGUGCCUUACUGUCAGGUCACCAUGUAGUGUUAUUGCUCUUGUCCUGUAUCAUUACACUCGACUCAGACUGGUCCUCAUUCUAUUAGCUUAUUUACCCCAUUCGUGUCUCUUUAAAGCGAUGGUUCACUUAAAAUGUUUUAUUCUGUCAUUAUUUGCAUCUGCCAUCAGUUAACAGCCACUUAAGGGGACGAUAUUUUGUGAACAACUUAAAUUUCAAUCUUUUCCUCACACAAAGCUGUCAAAAAGAAUGUAAUAUGGGUAUGGAAUGAUGACAGAAUUUUAUGUUUUUGGUGAACUAUUUUUUUUAUAUUUUAUUCUGAAGCUUGCUUCUGCUGUCCUAAUAGGCGUCCUUUAACUUCUGUGAUCAUUUUUGCAUGAUCUUCUCUUGCAAACUUUCCCACUCAUCCACUGACAGUUUAUUUAUACCGUAGCAAGUAUUUAACUGUGUGUCUGUGCAUGUGCGAGGAGAUGAUGUCAUGAUUGUGUGACAGCCCUUGAAUUUCUCCGGUCCCCAUUUUGUUUGCCACUGCACAUGAUCAUACAGCACAGACGAGAGGAAAACAAUAAACUGUGUUAAUAUUAUAUGGGUUAAUCUCACAAAGAAAUGUCAAGGUCAUAUUUUACUCCAAAAUUAAAAAUGAAGACAUUUUAUUGAACAAAAGAAUAUGAAAGCCAUUUUUAGUGCCUAGCCUAUUUGUCAUGACAGUUAGGCAUGUUCUACCCCCUCAUUUCUGUUAUGACAAAAAUGGAAAAAAAUAUCAUUCCCAUUACCGUAAUGUGAAAAAUCUUAUUCUUAUUACCAUAAUGACAAAAAAAAGUAUCAUUACUGUAAUAUAAAAUCUCAUUCCAUUUCCGUAAUGUGAAAAAUCUUAUUCUUAUUACCAUAAUGACAAAAAAGUAUCAUUACUGUAAUAUAAAAUCUCAUUCCUUUUCCGUAAUGUGAAAAAUCGUAUUCGUAUUACCAUAAUGACAAAAAAAGUAUCAUUACUGUAAUAUAAAAUCUCAUUCCAUUUCCGUAAUGUGAAAAAUCUUAUUCUUAUUACCAUAAUGACAAAAAAGUCUCAUUCUUAUUGUCGUAAGUAAAAACAAAAACCAUUCUCAUUACCGUGAUGUGAAACAACAUUUUGUUCAAAUCGUAUUUUCUUUGCCUAAAUAACAAAAACUUUCGUUCUCAUUACUGUAAUGACAAAAAAACAAUCAUUUUCAUUACUAUAAUGGCAAUUUAUUUUAUAAAAAUUAUGAAAAAUCUCAUGCUAAUUAUCAUUAACAAAAUCGUAUUCUUAUUAUCAUGAUGAAAUAAAUCUCAUUACUGUAAUGCAAAAAAUGGCAUCCUCAUUGUCAUUAUCAAAAUGUAUCAAACUUAUGAAAAAUCUCAUGCCAAUGAUGGAAAAAAAUCUCAUUACCAUAAUGUGAAAAAUCUCAUCCUCAUUUACAGAACCCAAAAAAAAUUCUAAUUACAGUAAAAACAAAAACCAUUCUCAUUACCGUAAUGGGAAAAGUUUUGUUCUCUAUCAUAACAAAAAAAAAAUCUUUGACUAAAUAAAAUUUUUCGUUCUCAUUACCGUAAUGACAAAAAAAGCUAUAAUUCUCAUUACCAUAAUGACAAAAAUAAAUCUCAUUCUCAUUACCAUAAUUUAAAAAAAUCUAAUUCUCAUUAAUGCAAUGAUGAUCUUUUAAUCAUUUUCCAUAUUUUCCAGACACCAUAAAUCCAUAAAUUAACAUAUCUAUGUAAAUGGAUAGAUAAAUAGAUAUUCAAUUUUAUUUAUUUAUUAUAUUUUUAUUUAUUUUUUUGCAAUAAAGUAAUGAGAAUUGGAAUCAGGGAUGUGCUUUUAUUAGCAUAAUAAUGUCCCAGUUCAAAACCUUUAAUUGUUCAAAUAAAUGCAUUUAAUGUCGUAAUGCAACAUAAUUUAUAUUUGUUUGUUUAGAUUUUGGGGUGAAAUAUGAAUAAGGCAUGUUUUUGACAGUUUAAUGAGAUUCACCUAAAUAGUGGUACCGGAUAUCUAGAAAUUUGAUUAAUCAAGCCCAGGCCACAGCAGUGGCAUAACUGGUUAGUCAGCCAUUAUUUAGUUUUCUAGUGAUUUGUACUUUCAUUAUCACUUGAAUGUUCUUCUUUUCUUUUUUUUUUUAAGUUAAUUUGUAAAAUAAUGAGCUGUUCUGAUUUGUUGUGGAUUGAGCUUUAUUUUUCCUUUAAGCUUGCUAUCUUUUUUUUGUUUGUCUUUGUUCUGGGUGUGUGAAAGAGAGGGAAAGCACAUCUAACACCACACUGAGAAGGAUUUGAGACUUCAUUUGAAGUCUGAAAUCUAAUCUUCAUAUCUUUCUCAUUACGGUGUGUGUUAGUUUUUGUGUCCAAUGACAACAAGAAUCCUUACUAGGGAACUUUGCUGAGGCCUCUCUUGAUAAUCUCUCUCCGUUAAAAGGAUGGUUCACUGUUCAAAAAAGAAACUUUCAGCAAUCAUUUACUCACCUUUGUUGUUAAACUUUUUUUCCAUUGAAUGCAAAAGAAGAAUUUGAGGAAUCUUUAUGUAGCUCUUUUCCAACAGUUCAUAGAGACCACAUCUUUCAAGUCUACACACUACUAAAAGUCUUCUGUUAAUAAAAGUCCAAAACUGAAUAAUGUUUCACAGAAAAUCUUAAAAUACUGAUUUGAAAUUACAUGAGGCUGAAAAAAAUAAGGAUACCAUUUUCAUUUUUGGGGUGAGCUGUUCUUUUAUAAUCUCAUAAAUACACACAUACUUGUGCAUGCACACAAAAAUUACCUUCAGUUUCUGUAAUUUCCUCAAAUUAUGUAUUGCUGCAUAACUUUUGUGUAUUUGUAAACAUUAGCUAUGUGAAAUGCUGAAGGCAGUACUGUGAAUAAUUUUAUUGCCUAUUUAUUUUUUAAAAGAAUCAACUCCUUGUUUUCAGUCUGAACAUCAAAAGUUUUAAAGGGAUCCCUUUGUGUGUGCAAGUGUGUGUCGGUUUAUUUUUAGGUAAUGUGUGACGUUGUUUGCACUAGGUGAAAUGUGAUGCAGUUCUUGCUUCUGUCCACGAGGUUGUGCUGUUGCUCAUUCAGUGGCUCCAGGCCCCAGUCCACAAACCUUCCCUCUUAGUGCUCAGAAUCAGAAUGGCUGUACAAAUCUCAAUGCACUGAUGUUUUCAUGAAUUACAUUUAACUUGAUUAUUUAGUAAGUAUUUUUCCACAUUUUUUGGUAAUAGCUUUAAUUUACAAAGCCACAAAGGACCAUUUGCAAUGGUUUGUUCAACAUUAACAUUAUAUUGCUUUAUUUUUAUAUUGUUUUAUUGAGCACCAAAGGCAAUGCACAUUUUUAAGCAAGGAACACUUGUUUGUAUUAUUUUAUAUUUUAUUCUCAAAACUGUACCAAUUUUUCACAAUUUUUAAACGACUGAUCUUAAAUGCACUUUUGUUUUGCCAUUUUCUGUUCGGUACUCAGGAACAACAUGCAAAGGCAGAUGAGAGAAGGGAAAGGUGAGCUGGCUGCUCCGUUAGUCAACAGUGUGUCUGUGUGUGUGUGAGCGAGUGUGUGUUUAUGUAGAGGUGUGUGAGGUGUGCCGUGUCACACUGACGUCCUCUUGUCUUUAAGACUAGCUGUACAUCAGGCUCUUUGAAAAACAAUAGAAUCCAAGAGUACAUAUUAAUAAAAAAUAUAUUAAUUCUACAAAGUGUCUCUAUUUUAUUUGACCUUUUUUUUGUGUACAUCAAAUGAAAUUGUGUUAAAAAUGACUGCAUGCAUUAGUGUUCUUUCAAAAAAGCAGGAUGAGAUGUACAAGUGCACAUUUUUAUGAUAUUUUGUGUGUGCAGGAAGUCUUCAUUUGGAACAGUAUGUUUAAUUUGUA